CUCCCACUCCUCCUCUUCCUCUCUCUCUCUCUCCUCCCACCCAACCUUCCUCCUCCUUCUCCUCUUUCUGUGAACAAACGUGAUGACCAUCGCUGGAUCAUCCGGACUCCAUCACAGUCAGAGAGCGGAUCUCAGAGUUCACAGCGGGGAGACAUUUCGGAUUAUGAUCCCGGUCCACUAUGAAAACCCGCAGCGUUAGGCACAAGUAGAAGAAGAGAAACUCGCAGCUGUCACCCCAAUCAACGCGUCGACAUGAACGGGACUGCAGCUGCCGCGGGUGGGUCGGCUUCUUGCCGCUUCGCCCACUAUUUUGUCGUGUGUGGAGUGGACACCGAGACGGGCCUGGAGCUGGACGAUGGCGCGGGUGAGAGCUUCGAGCAAAGCCCCAUCCGGCGGUCCUUCAAGUCAAAGGUUCUGGUGCAUUACCCGGAGAACACGGACAGGAACCCCUUCAACAAGGAUGCUGUCAACAUGCUCUGCCUGCCCAGAGGUCUGUCCUUCCGCACACAGGCGGACAGCCUCGACCCGCAGUUCCACUCCUUCACCGUCACCUCUGACGAUGGAACGCGCUCCUACGGCUUCGUUCACACCUUCUACGAGGAGGUGACUAGUCCUCAGAUUAUCACCGCCAUGCAGACUCUCUAUCAGAUGCACCAUGUGGAGCACCACUCCUCUUCGUCGGCCUCCUCGCCUUCUUCCUCCACGUCCUCCUCCGCUUCCACGCCCUCCACCUCCAGCAUGGACUCUCUCGCCAGCAGCUUGGAGGAGUCGGAUGCAGAGUCUUUGACGUCUGGAGUUUCUGGCUGCCUGGGCUGCGUGGGCUCCUUCGAUGCAGCGCGGGACACCCUGUACGUGUCCAAAGCCCUCUGCCUCAUCACGCCGCUCCCGUUCUUGCAAGCUUCACGGCAGUUUCUGGCUCAACUUCACCAGGCUGUGACAUCCCAGACGGCUCCACCUCUUCCUCUAGAGAGCUACGUCUACAACAUCCUUUACGAGGUGCCCCUGCCUCCACCUGGACGCUCCCUGAGGUUCCAUGGGGUGCAGGGGCCCAUCGUGUGCCAGCGGCCCGGUCCCGGGGAGCUUCCCCUGGGGGACUAUCCUCUGGGAGAGGCUUUCUCUCUGCUGGGUGUGGACAAUAUGGUUAAACUACUUACCUGUGCUCUGCUGGAAACCCAAGUCCUGCUGUACUCAAAAGACUACCAGCGUUUGAUGAUGGUGGCAGAGGGCAUCACCACUUUGCUGUUCCCCUUCCAGUGGCAGCACAUCUACCUCCCCAUCAUCUCUACUCCCCUGCAUCACCUCCUCGAUGCUCCAGUGCCUUUCCUGAUGGGCAUCCAGCACAGAAACGGAGCUCAGCGAUCCUCGCUUCACCUUCCACAUGAGGCCAACCUGUGUUUUGUGGACAUUGACAGCCGCUGUGUGGAAGCGCCGGAGGACCUGCCCCUGUUCCCAGAUCAGACCGAGCUCAUACAGGAACUGAGUGAAGUGCUGCUAAGUUUUGGGCUCCCUCCACGGGGAGGAGUGAUGGUGACGACCACCUCAGGCUCCACAUCGGAGUCGCCACGCCUGAGUAGCCUGGUGCUGGAGGACCUGAUGGAGGACCGGAGGAACGGGAACCUCGGAGGAGAAGAGCUGGCGGUGCUGGAGCGGCUCCAGGCUCUGGCGAGGAGAUGCGGAGGAGGAAAAGUUUCAGAGGGAGGAAAGACACUGGGACACGUGUUUGAGGAGGAAGAGGAAGAGUUGAAGGCUGCAAAAUUAAAUAUUCAGCUGAGGGAGGUGUUCGCCGUUCGUUUCGCCGCCAUUUUUGGCAGGUAUGAGGACUUUAUUGUCAACAGCGCUAUGGAUUUGGACUCGUGGUUGAACAAUAGAGAUGGCACCUGCAGCUUUGACAAGGGUUCGUUCCUCUCAGUUCAGCCAGCGGCCCACUUGCACUUCUUGUCCCGAUUCCUGGAGACCUCCAUGUUUUCCUCCUUCGUUGAUGGGAAGGUUGUCUCCCGCUGGGUGGACAGGGAGCCGCUGCAGCAGCUGUUUGACAGCCGCAUGGAGCGAGAGCGACUUUACGACGUAAGCGACGAGGAGUCCCGGAACCGUCCUUACAGGAAAUGCACCACGCUCUUUGAGUCAGCCCAGGCCAUCGAGCGCAGGCUGCUGAAGACGGACCACACGGCCAUACACCCCCACCUGCUGGACAUGAAGAUCGGGCAGGGCCGGCAUCACCCGGGAUAUUUCCCCAGACUGCAGGCCGACGUGCUUGUACAGGCACACAACACACACAAGUAUUCCAGUCGCAUCACAGCUUCUCGUAGGACUGAACCCAGAAGGAGUGUUGCUGAUCACUCUGGAACCGACAGUGAACCUAAACAGAAACACGGAUCCACAAGGAGAGCCUUCAGACAGUGGAAACUCCUCGACCCGUCGCCUCAAGCCGUCUCUCAGACUCACAGAGAGUUUGUCGAUGGGCUCUUGAGCGAGUGUCGUCUGAAGACAAAGCGGAUGCUGAAGGAGAGGAUGGGGAAAGAGUGUGUGGAGCUGGGUCAGGGAGAAGCCAACAUCACCGGCCUUCAGGAAAACACUCUCAUCCACGGUUUGUGUGAUCUGCUGGAGAGGACCUGGGGCCACGGCCUGCAGAUCAAACAGGGAAAGUCGGCAAUCUGGUCCCAUCUGCUGCACUACCAGGCUGCUCAGGAGAAGAUGGAAGCACCUGCUGAUGUACCAGGCUCUAACAUUGUGGACCAGAGGCUGUCUGAUGACGGCCCUUUGCUCCUGAGAGGGUCGCUAAUUCAGGACAUAAGGUUUAUCCAAACCAUGAGAGACGAUCUGUCUGAGGUGGGCCAGGCCAGAGCUUGGAUCCAUCUGGCUCUGGAGAAGAAAAUUCUGUCCCAACACCUGAAAGAGCUGCUGAUGAACCAGGAGCUGCUCAGGCAGCUGUAUAAGCCUCAUGCGUUCCUGCUCUGUGAGGAAGAGCGAGAACAGUUUCUGUACCACCUGCUCUCCCUCAACACUGUGGACUACUUCUGCUUUACCCGCACCUUCACCUCUAUCAGUAUUCCAUACCGCGUUGUUAUAAUUCCCAUGAAGAAGCUGAGCAUCGCCAUGGCAACGGUGAACCCCUGGGUGUGUGUGUCAGGAGAGCUGGGCGAUUCAGGAGUUAGACAGAUCCCAAAGAAUGCACAGGAAAUCUUUUUCCAGAGUAAGAACCUGGGCCGGCUCAGCACGCUGCAGCUGGGAGUGCAGGAGAACUCGGGUCUUCUGGCCAAGUGUCUGAUCGACUGUGUGGUGGUUUACAACGAGAUCACAGGUCACACCUACAGAUUUCCGUGUGGCCGAUGGCUGGGGAAAGGCGUGGGUGACGGCAGCCUGGAGAGAGUCCUGAUUGGUCAGCUGGUGUCUCCUGGAGCGGAGGAGGACGCUGGACGGUGGUCGGGAACUCCUCCGGAGCUGGUGUCUCCUUCUCAGAGCGUGAGAACAGUGCUGGGAUCACUCGGCGGCCGAAGCAGAAUGCACUCUGCCGAGGUACAGGAGGACCUGAGGGAGGCGGCCAACAACCUUGUUAAACAUUUUCACAAACCUGAGCAGGAGAGAGGGAACCUGACAGUCUUGCUAUGCGGUGAAGGAGGACUGGUCCUCGCUUUGGAGAAGUUCCUCCUCCACGGGUUCAGAUCCAACCGUCUUUUCCAGAGGAACGUUUUUGUUUGGGAUUUUGUGGAAAAAGCAGUGGUUUCUAUGGAAACUAAUGACCAGAUGGGCGACCUGCAUGGCUCGACACUACCUAAGAGUCCGCCUUGUGACUCGCUGUGCCGCUACGUCCACGCCAUCAAUUCUUCCCCCAGGAACAUUGGGAAGGAGGGAAAAUUUCAGCUGUUUGUCUGCCUGGGGAUCAGGGACAAACUCCUGUCUCAGUGGUUCCCCCUGCUGGUCGAGUGUCCCCUGACAGCUCGGACGUAUGAGGACGGCGCUCUGCUGCGGGACCGCGCCGCCCUGCACUCCCUCUGUCGCAUCCUGCAAACCCUGAACGGCUUCAGCGUCACCCUGGAGGCGGCGCUGGUCAAAGGGGUCGAACUCUGACCCUGAUGCGGGAAACACACGCACCCUGAUGAGAUGAGAUGAAAACUGCGGGAGGGACGAGAUGCAUUCAGACUCUUACAAAAUGUAACUCCAUGAUCAAAGUCGUCAGAUGAAGACGCAGACUUUGAAGCACCAAACAUAUCGCUUUGUUCACUGAUGUAAAAUGUCUUCUAUCUGCUCCAGGAAAUAGUCCUGUGUUUGUCUACACUGUGAAAUUCCUCCGGGAGAAAAGAUCAACUCAAACAUGCAGAAGAUAUCUGCUUACAUGAUCCAUCUUAUAUGACGUUAGAUCUACUGUAUCUACUCACUGCUGUGUUGCUUGCACUUAAAAUCUUAACCUGCAUGGCCAGAAUCUUUUCGUUUCAUUACUUUAGGUGUUGUAAUCUGAAGUGUCAUUGCUCAGGCCUUAUUAACCGUCUUUUAUUUGAUAUCUCAGAAAAUAUUGUCGUGAAAAGUAAUGUUCUCCUUGUAUAAUUUAAGCAUAAACUAAUGUUACAUGAAGCUCUUGUUAUCGUGUCAUGUCUGGCCUGUGUCUUGUUUUUUUUUUUUAUUUCAGUUUGGAGUCACAUGCUAAGCAGAGUCUUAGCAUGUGACUAAGGUUCUGCUUAGUCUUAGACUAAGCCAGUUGGAUUCAAGCUGGUUUGCUAAUUGUGUCACUCUAGUCCUGUCUGUCCCUCCAUCAGGAAUCCUCGUCGCCAAUCUCUCAUAAAAAUUUUUCUUCAUCAGAUCUCUUAGAGUUGCUCCAGCCAUUCAUUCCCAAUUGUUUUUUUUUAAUUUAUUUAUUUUUAUUACACAUUGAUCAGUUUUCAGCAUCAGUGGGUCCCUCCAUAGGCCAGCUUUCUCAUGUGAAUUAUAGACAUGCUGUUUAUUUGUCUUAUGGGAAUAACAGAGCACAGGUUUGUUAAAAAUGUUAAAUGUUAAUGUUGCAUUUAAUUUAACAUGUUAAAAUGUAAUCUUCUGCACUGUCCUGCAAGCACCAGUGUACCCCACGAUGACCAAGUCUCUGUCGUUUAAAUACAGAUUAGGAAGAGCAAUAAGUUAUUCAUGGUUUGUGCUGUUGAGAAAUUAAAGUUAUUGACACAGCUGGCA